UGGUGGCGGUAGAGAGUCAUUUAGUUUUCUAACCGCCAAUAACUCAAGAAAAGAAUAACUUUAAAAAAAAUCAAUGAUUUAUUUAUUUAUUUAAUAUAAACAGUUAUUAUUCUUUAGAAGAAGAAGCAGAAGAAUAAGGAAAGCAGAAUGAUAAUAACAACAAGAACAACAACUCCGGAUAGUUAGCGCUGUAGCACCGAUAUGUUGUGGUAAUAUGUAGCACGCAGAGUUUGUUUUGCAGGGACAAGGAUUUGCCGAGGCUGCUGAUAACAUGCUGGCUGCCUUGGUGUGUGGAGCUGCGGUGUUUCCAGGGCUUUUCUUCAGCAUCAGGAAGAUCUUAAAACACACCAGGACACAGUGGAGCGAAGCCGACGUCACCGUAGUCAGUGAGAGACUGCUUUCUGCUGUCCAUGGGUCGCUGGCCACUGCAGCUGGACUCACAGUUGUUUCAUCUUGCAGGGAUGUGAUGACUGAUAGUCACUGGCUGGUGAACAGUUUUGUCCUGUUUGGAGUUCCCUACAUGGCCUUUGACAUCUACGCCAUGUAUCUGAGCCACUUCCACACUGAGAGGAGCAGAGCUGGGUCCGAAGCGCCCAGUGGACACUCGCUGCAGACGGUCAGGGCUUUCCUUCGCAAGGACUGGAUGCUGGUUCUCCAUCACACGGCCCUGGUUUUUAUUUUCACACCCAUCACACUGUUUUUCAGGAGAGGUUUGGGGGAUUUCUUUAUUGGCUGCAUGUUCAUCACGGAGCUUAGCACUCCCUUCGUCUCCAUAGGGAAGAUCCUCAUUCAGCUGCGCCUCGAUGGCACCAAGCUGCAUACAAUCAACGGCCUCAUCGUGCUCCUGACCUUCUUCACGUGUCGCAUCCUCCUCUUCCCCUUCAUGUACUGGAUGUACGGCCGGCAGUUCGGCAUUCCGCUGCACCGAGUGGCCUUCCACCUGCCUCUGCACUGUAACGUGGGGAACCUGGUGCUGCUGGCUCCACAGGUCUACUGGUUCAUCCUGCUGCUGAGGAAAGCUCAGCGACUCUACCUGAGGCAGAGGAGGCCGCAGGUAGACGAAGAUGUGAAGAAGGCAGACUGACGAACUCUUUGGUCUGUUAAUUUACGACACUGAGACCAGAAGACAUGGCUUCUGUGCCUGGUUUUACUAAAGAUUUAUUUGGACUGAAACUUUUAUAAGUAUUAAGGCCAGUUUAAACUAAAAAUGAGAAUAAAGUCAAAUAAUGAGGAUAAAGUCAGAUUUUGACAUCUGAAUAAAGUUGUAGUAAACACACAA